UACCUUCUAGCGAUCGGCCUGCUUAACAUUUCCUAACAAUAUCCUAACGAUUCCUAACAAUAUCCUACCAAUAUCCUAACGAAUCCUAACGAUUCCUAACAAUAUCCUAACAAUUCCUAACAACAUUGCAAGAAUUCCUAACAUUUCCUAACGAGGUCCUAACUCAUAUCCGAACACUGCGACCGGAGGGGGCAAAAGAGCCAAUCAGUUGAAACAGACGAUGGAUUAGAAGAACCAAUCAGCAAUCAAUGUUUUACGAUUGGAUUAUUGUCACGUGACAAGCACAGUAACGCGCCUUCUCGUCUCUGACUGCGAAAUUAAGAGACUAGUAAGAAUAAAAGCGGUAUGUACAAGCUGGUUUAUGCAUUUAUGAACCUUAGAAUAUUUUUAUUUACUUUCCGGGCGUGUUAUUGAAAUUGCCAGUGUACGUGCUUCCAGAAUCGUUCCCAAAAAGGCGCUUGUAAGACAUCUCAUAUUUUAUCCAUAUUUUGAACGAUUCGAAUAAUAAACAAUGUACAAACAACACGAACUGCAAGGGGAAAGUCGACGGUUUUUUUUAAGAACUAGCUGGUGAUCAGGGCUCAUUGUUGACACACCACAGCACAUAACAACGAAAAGUGUCCUUUGCAUUUAACUCGAAUGCGACAUAGCAGGAGCCAGUUAAUUCAGCAUCCGGGGAGUAGUGCUUGAGGGGGGUGCCUUGCUUUUCGGGGAAUCGAACCAGCAAUCUUUCAUUUGCAAGUGCACUUCUCUAACCAUUAAGCCACCACUGCCCACAGUGAAUCUCGGUGACGUAUAUCUCAUUAGGAAGCUAAAAACGUUGUCCCUCAUUUACCCAGAUAUUUGACAUUUGCAGAAAUGACCAAGACAGGUAAACCCGACGCCUACUGGGCAGGUAUCCUUCACCUGUAUGCCCAGGGGAAGUACCGGUUUACCACAGGUAAGAAGCCGGGGGCCAGCAAAUGGAAAGCUGACCUCAAAAAAAUUGACAGCUGUCCAUUGACUCCUCCAUACAACCACCAAGUCCGAGAACAUGACAUCUUUGGAAAAAAAAUCCCCUGUACAUGCGGAUACCAUAGGGUAAGUGAUGAUCAUAUUUAAGUUUGAUAUAUUCUCAAGGUUCAUACGUUUUGGAAAGUUAUGAAAUUUGAAGAAAAUAGAUUUUGUUAAAUGUGUUAAAUUCAGGGCAUAAUGUAAUCAUUUCACUUCUUGUUCACGUCAUGUAAUUUUUCACUAAGGGUAAAUUUUUUUCACAGAUUUUUAUUCUUAUGCAUGAUGUAGACUGAUGUUUCAGCAAAUACAUAGUCAUGGAAAAUUGCCAGUCAGUCAUGGAAAAGUCAGUGAAAAUUCCAUCCAUCCAUCCAUUUUCUGAAAUUGCUUAUCCUAUUCAGGGUCACAGGCGGUCUGGAGUCUAUUUGCUGGCUAGAAUGUGUAUGAACCUGUGUAUGAAUUUUGAUAUAUAAAUUCUAAAACAGUGCAUAGGAAAUGUAUUAACUGUGCUUGGAUUGUUUACAGUUAGUAACAGUGAAGUUAAGUUAUUUUCAAACAAAAAACUUUUUUUCAGUCAGCUCAGCAGACAGGCGCAUCAGGGAGAGAGCCAACAGAGGCAGAAAGGAGCUCGAGAGGAAUCUUGUGAGCAGUGUGGGAAGAUUAUUAAAGGUGUAGAUGGGUUGCUGCAGCAUAUUGAAGAAGAACAUGAUCCACCAAAACAAUCACCACCACCAAAACAAUCACCACCACCAAAACAAUCACCACCACCAAAACAAUCACCACCACCAAAACAAUCACCACCUGCUGCAGCUCUUCCACCACCAAAACAACCUCCUUCAGCUUGUCCACCACCACGACAACCACCACCUACUACGCCUCUACUAUCCCCACUCCGACAACCACCAUCGCCUCUUCCUUCCACAUCGUCACAUUUUAUCCACCUGAGGCCACCGGAUGUGAACUGGGUGAGCUUUCUCCCCAAACAGUUCAUGCGGGUCAUCAAGGCAGCUGACCGGGAGUGGAUUGCCCAAUGUCUUUAUGAGCCAACAGGACAGCUAAGGCAACAGUUUUCCCAAAACUGGUUCUAUCCACCUGGUCCACCAAAACUAUCAACUGCACCACCUGAUCCCUUGAACUAUUUCAGGCAGCGGAUGUUUCUUUGGGCACCGAUGCGGAUGUGGGGUAUUUCCCUGAAGUGCCCUCAGUGCAACACCAAGAUGCACCACUCCGGCAUCUACACUAAAGCAAGGGAAGUAAUAGAUUUCGACUCACGAUAUUAUUUGGUUGGUGGGGACUAUCCACGGUGCAGCAGAUGCAUGAUCCCUGUCUGUCCUUGGAGUAGUGAGGUGUUGAAACAGUUGGAUCCUGCCCACCGAAACAGGUUCCCCGCUGUUCUUACUACUCAGCUUGCUCUGGACAGGAAAUGUGUAACGAUGCUUAAACCACGAACUGCAGGGAACAGCUCCAGUUACCUCCAGCAAGCACUAGAGGAAGUUCAUAGUGAGGAGUGGGCAAGGCACAGCAUUGAGUACCUGUCUGACUGUGAACUUCACAAAAGGAGGAGUGCCUUAACCCAAUGUGAGGCAGCUGUCUAUUAUCCGCCCCCACCCUUUUGUCCCCUACCCCUUGCACAGUGGUUCGAAACAGUCCAUGCCAAUGAGAUCCUGUGUCAUCUGGAAGAGAUGAAGGGUGUCAUUACUACAACAUAUGGCAGGAUUUUAAAGCUUGACUCCACAAAAAAGAUCACAAAGAAGCUCGCUGGUGGCAUUGCAGACACAGCUACUUGGAUGACAAACAUAAGUAAUGAAUGUGGCCAGGUACUGAACUGUGUUUUAACCACUGGUGAGGGAGCUGGCCUAGCUGAGUUGUGCCAGGGUAUCGUCAAGCGUUACCAGGCCGCAGGGGAGCCAGAGCCAGAUGUCAUCUAUGUUGACAGAGAUUGCUGCAGCGAGACAGGUAUGCCCCCAGUCCUUGUCUGGUUUCAGCCAUGGAAGACUAUAGUGAGACUGGACAUUUUUCACUUUAUGAGAAGAUUCAGCACUGGUCUCACAACAGAACACCAUCCUCUGUAUGGUGUUUUCUGUUCAAAGUUGUCUUCCUGUAUUUUUGAGUGGGACCAGCAGGACAUCUGCCAUCUCAAGGACGCAAAGAGGUCAGAGAUGAAGAAAAAAAAUGCUGGUCUUGCUCCUACAGAUGCACAAGUUCUGGCCAGUAUCACCUCCAGUGAACUAGCCAGGCAUUGCAGAAGGAGAACUCGUGGGGUUGAAAACACCCGUGGCCUGAUCCAAGAACUGUUGAAGUCCAUGUGGGAUCUGACUGACACUUCAGGUUUACGGCUGAUCAACCCUGAGAGCAUGACACAUGUGUGGGAGGUGCAACAGAAGCAUUUGCCAUGCAUCCAAGACCCACCAGGUGUCGAAUUAUACACCAAACUUGGCUCAGGGUUGCAAAAAGGAGACAAGGUCCUGGACGUCUUGAGAUGCGCCAGAGGGUCAUCUUCUCUGGAGAGUUUUCAUCGCCACCAGUGCACCUUUAUCCCAGGAUGGAGAUGUAAUGCCAUGCACACUCAGAUGUACAUGCUUGAGGGUGGGUCCAGGUGGAACAUGAAUAGAGCCCAUGAAGCUGUGAGUUUGAGUGCCAAAUCACACACUAAACUGUACGAUGUCCGCCUGAUGUCCAACCUGAAUUCACUCAGCAACAGAGUCCUCCGUCAUGCACUCUUGCCUGAAUUUAUUCCCCCUGGGAGACCCACUGGUGAGCGUAUUGCAGUGGAGUAUUUACUUGCUCAGUCUGACAGAGGUGACCUGCUGGCUCCACAACAGCACAGGGAACUUGGCAUCAUUCUACCUGAGCUGCAGAUUGAAGUUCAGGAGGAAGAGUGUCUUGAUGUCACGAUAAGUGAUGUAGCUGACAUUGUCAGGAGGAGUCCACCUGAAGCCCCCCAGUUUGAAGACGAUUUGAACACUUCAGCCAAUCGCAGUCCUUUCCCCCAUGGUGAUUCAGCCAGCGCAGCAUCCCAGGAGACACAUCAUGAAGAAAGCAGUCUCUUUAACAGUCCUCUCAGUCCAGGAAGAAACAUACUUACUGAGGACAGUUCCUCUUGUGGACCUAGCACAUCAUCUCAGGAUAGCCGAUGUGAUGCCAGAGGUGUUCCAGGAUGGGAGGCAGUUGAUAACUUGGCGAAGUACCUUGUCAACCUGAACCGCACGAUAACUGCCUUGUCAACCACAGAGACAGCUGAGAUUGUGCAGCUAUAUUCCAGUCUACAUGCCAUGGACAAGGCUCCCUCCAAGUAUACACUAAAAUGUAAGAAGACAACCUUGCCAGGGCCGUGGAGAGCGUCCAGGAAACGUAGUGGUUCUGCACCUGGUCAACAAGCAGCUGAAAGACUAUUCAUGACCCAUGGUCAGGCUGCCCAAAGACCUGAUACCAACAGAAUUUCAGAGUGUGUUUCCCUCAGGCUUUUGAAGGAGUAUCAGCAAGGGAGAAAUAGGCCAAAAGACUGCAAGGGCAAAACCUUACCCAUUCCACAGUCCAUUGUGCAAACAUACUGUCACAUUAAACAACUGCUUGAAGACAGCCGGGUGAUACAGGACCAGACGAACUUGGUACUCGUUACCAUUAAUACCACUACAGUGUCUUCUUGGUUAUAUGAAAGACAGAAGAGGACAGACCGUGAAUCACUCCUGCAAGGAGUACAGCUUCCCCAGAAGGUCUCUGCUGCGAAGGAUUCCUUGCCAAAAGCAAGAGAUCUGCCUUCUGCACCUGUGGAACAUGGACAUGUAGCCAUGGAGUUCCAGGAACCAGAAAAUCGUGAGGGUGAGGCAGUGAUACGCCGGCGCCGCAGUGUCAGAACUGGUUAUGCACAGGACUGUCCUCCUGGGUCAUGUGCAUGGCCUGCUGCUUCUGCCUCAUCCUCAUACCAGAUGGGUCAUCAGCCACCAUCAUCAAUUCCUGCCUGGUCCUCAUAUGAGCAGUGUAAACUACCAGCUUCCGCCACUGCUACCUCAUCUUUAGACCUACCGGGUCAACCACCCUCAGUCCCAUUUCCUGCCUGGUCCUCAUAUGAGCAGUGUCAAAUACCACCACCCCCGUGUCCACCCUCAUCUUCAUACCAACAGGCUGAUCUUCCACGACCCCCAUGUCCACCCUCAUCCUCAUACCAACAGGCUGAUCUUCCACCAGCCCCAUGUCCACCCUCAUCCUCAUACCAACAGGCUGAUCUUCCACCAGCCCCAUGUCCACCCUCAUCCUCAUACCAACAGGCUGAUCUUCCACCAGCCCCAUGUCCACCCUCAUCCUCAUACCAACAGAUGUUGCAUGUACCUGACGUUUAA